CGUUGGGCGUCGGGGGGCGAAGGUUGAACGGGGUGCGAAUCCUAAGUUAAUGAAACUUCCCUGGAAAAGUCCAGCCGCGAUCUAAUCAUGCUUACAGACCCGAGAAACUUCAUAUGGACUUGUGACUAGAUCGAAUAUGGGUCAUCUUCAGCAUUUGAAGGAGGUGGUCCUUCUAGUUAUGGCGAUGGGCAUGAUGAGCAGGAGCUCUGGUGCAGUUGCCCGUGGUUCAAUGAGAAUGGUGGAUGGAGUGAACAAGGAAGGCCCGUUCUUGGGGAUUGUAGUGCCCAACUCCUUCGAGAUGAACCCUCUUCUCCAAACUCCAAGCUUUGUCCCCAAUGAAACUCUCCCUUACUUGGAUAUUGCUGGAAGAAGGUUUCGGAUUGGACGGCUCGAAAACGAGAAAGUGAUAAUCGUCAUGACGGGGUUGAGCAUGCUAAAUGCAGGUAUAACCACAGAGUUGCUCUUGACUCAGUUCAAUGUGAAUGGUGUGCUUCACUAUGGAAUUGCAGGGAAUGCAAAUCCAAAUCUCCAAAUUGGGGAUGUGACAAUCCCACAGUAUUGGGCUCAUUCAGGCCUUUGGAAUUGGCAGAGGUUUGGGGAUGGGCCUAGCACAGAGCUAGCAUUUGAAUCAGAUGGGGACUACACUAGGAAAAUUGGGUACCUCAACAUCACCAGUUUCAACGAUCACACCAGCAAUGGCAAGGCUGACCAGAAUCUCCUCAACAAUGUCUGGUACCAGCCUGAGGAAAUCUUCCCCGUCAAUGGAGUCCCCGAAGUCCGACAGCACGCCUUUUGGGUCCCCGUCGACAAGCACUAUUUCACCGUCUCGAAGAAAAUCAAGGGCUUGAAGCUGGGGCAAUGUGUGAACUCGACAUGCUUGCCAAGGGCACCAAUGGUGGUGAGAGUGGAGAGAGGGGUGACUGCCAAUGUGUUUUUGGACAACAGUGCUUACAGGCAAUUCUUGUACUCAAAGUUCAAUGCCACUGCCAUUGACAUGGAGAGUGCCUCCAUUGCUCUGGUCUGUCGCCAACACAAGAUGCCAUUUAUUGCGAUCAGGUCCCUCUCUGAUUUGGCUGGUGGUGGGUCUGCUCUCUCCAAUGAGGCCUCUAUUUUUGCCUCCUUGGCUGUCCAAAAUGCAGUGGAUGUUCUUCUUAGGUUCAUUGCUUUGUUAUCCUCAUCAUGAUAAGAUGACCCCCCUACACUCAUGUGUUCUUAGGACAUUCGCGUUUAGUGAUUGUAAGAAUUGUUGGGUUAUCCAUCAAUAAUUGAUGACAAAAUUCAAAGGA